AUGAUGGGCGUAUCACGCUCGCGGAGGCAAUCUCUCGAAUGCCAUGGAUGCAACAUACCUCCGCCAUCCCCUCAACCUUCUUCGGCCUUCGAGGACAUCUUCGACGUCGAUUCGCCUGUGUCAAGGCCUGUCAGCGAGGCCUUCAUGUCUGGAACCUCCACACCAAACGGCACAAUAGGUUCUCGGCCACCAUCUCUCUCCGAAAUUCUUCUCGAUGUUGCGUCGCCACCAUGGACCCUCAGCGCCUUCAUGGCCUACCUGUCGCAAAACCACUGCAUGGAGAGUCUUGAAUUUACGCUCGACUCACAACGGUACGCCGCCUUUUACAACGAGAUGAUUACCAACAAUCCGAACCGCACACAAGAGACCAACGACCGUGUCUGUAUUUUGUGGGAAAAGCUUAUGCAAGUUUACAUCAUCCCUUGUGCGCCUCGAGAGGUCAAUCUCCCGGCCCGUAUCCGCGAUCAGCUGCUCGGCCUUCCUUGCGGCCCAACUCCCCCUCACCCCGCACAGCUGGAUGAGGCCGGCCGAAUCCUCUAUGAACUCAUGAACGAUUCGCUACUUUUACCCUUUCUCCAAUCUGUCGCUCCCAUGCAGCUCGAUGGACCCGUCGACGAGCAUGGACGCGGAUCUCGCCGUUCCUCAAACAGCAACACUCGAAUGGGCGCGCCUGUCCGCUCAAUGAACUCGAUGCACCACACUGACCCUGAGUCCCUGACUGACGACAGCGACUGUAACUCGACUCCUGGUAUGGAGCCCAUGACUCCCCCCACCACACCGCCUACUUCUGAAUGGGCUUUUACAACUUCCCCAGGGGGUCUUCAACGUGCUGUGGCCGCUCACAACAAGGGCUGGAAGAAGAUGGGCGCCAAGUUGGGUUUCAAUCGCAAGAGCUCACGAACACGCUCCGCCCCUACUUCAUCUCAUCCUCCUCCACCUGAGGGAUAUCAUAUGCAUCACGACUCCUUAUGA